AUGACUUUUCCUUUGAAUUAUGUAUCGCUUAACUUUGUUUUCUACUUUUACAUCAAUCAUAAUUUAACCUUUCCGGGGGAGGGAGGGGGGAGACCGCAUUUGAUAGGGAAUGAGAGGGAGGAGCCAAGUCCCAGUCAGCCCGAGUGUACAGUAAGCCCCCCCCAGGACGUUACCAGGGAGAAAAAGAGAAGAGCAGGACAGAAAUUUAAAAAAGAAAAGGGCCUCGACUCGACUCCACUGGCAAAACUGGUCGGGCAGCUGACCUCGCCAGUGGGUCCGGGUCUGACGGCAAUCCGUGGAAUGUUCGACGCCGGGGGUCGUCCGCCCAGUCUGGCUGCCCUCACGAUUCCUGGGAAAUGCCCUCCGGUUUCUUUGCCAUUCGCGGCCAGCAACUCCCUUUGUCGCAAACAGAGUUCAGUCCUCGUCUUUCCUUUCACUCUCCCACCACCUUUCUUUCCCCCCCGAAUGAAACCCCCAACCAAUCCCAGAUCUCUCUUCAUCGGUUCUCUCUGUCAGUUGGAUGCAAUACGGGUAUUGCAAACGCGACCAAGCCAUGUGCAGCUCCAGAAAUCUGGAGACGAACACCCUACCAGUAGGAACGGUAAGGGAUGGACAGGGCCUGUUACUCUGAUUGGCCAUGAGUUGCGGGGUCGUGGACCAUCUGGGACUAGUGUGCAUGCUAUACACAGUAACACUAGACUACAUUGGGGCUUAGCGUGGGCUUGGGCAGUUAGGGUUGCAGGGGAAACACUAGUCCGGAUUAAGUGGAUUUGA